UUUGUGGAGAUAGUGUUUCAAGGUCUUUCCAUUGAUUGACACUCACUAAGUUAGCUUAAGAAGCUAAUUGCUAAGAAGCAUUAGUCCAUUCAUGUCAUCUUCCGUAGGAACCUUGAACACCUCACUGAGUUACAUCUAAAACUAAUUUAGUUGAUUUGUGUACUAGGAACUCCAGUAGACUUCCACAAGAUCAAUUAAAUCAAAGGUUCUCUGAAAUAUUGGUAAGAUGGCUGUGCUGCCAAUAAAAUUGACCAAAACCAAUAGAGACAAACUGGCCCAGGUUUUGUGGGUACUAAACUGGAUAUCCGUUGUAACAGGUAUCAUCCUCUUUAGCUUGGGCAUCUUUCUAAAAGUUGAAAUUAACAAGCGGCAGGAUCUAAUGGCUGAGAGUCAGCUCCAAUCCGUGCCAAACAUGCUAAUUGCCGUGGGACUUAUAGCCUGCGUGAUUAACUUUUUGGGAGGAAAGAUCUGCUAUGACUGUGUGGACACCAACAAAUUCCUACGCUGGAAGUUGGUGAUGCUCCCAUACAUCAUUUGCACGUUUUUCUUCACUCUGAGCGUGCUCGCGGGCGCCUUGAUGUGCUACAGCAUGCACGGACAGCUGGAGGAAGCACUAACAUUUGGGCUGCGGGAUGCUAUGCGUUACUAUAAGGACACAGACACACCAGGCCGCUGCUUCUUGAAGCAUACAGUGGACCAGCUGCAGAUCCAGUUCCAAUGCUGUGGGAACGAGGGCUACAGAGAUUGGUUCCAGAUCCAGUGGGUCAGCAACCGAUAUUUGGAUAUGUCCCAACGGGAAGUGCUAGAUCGUCUGCGAAGCAACGUUGAGGGAAAAUACCUAAUGGACGGAGUUCCCUUCAGCUGCUGCAAUGUCAACUCUCCUCGGCCAUGCAUUCAGUACCAAAUCACCAAUAACUCCGCCCACUUUAAUUACGACUACCAGACAGAGGAGCUCAACCUGUGGAUGAGAGGAUGUCGUCAGGCUCUGCUAGAUUAUUACACCAACAUCAUGCAUUCUGUUGGCCUCACGGUUCUGAUCAUCUGGCUCUUUGAGCUCUCUGUGUUAACGGGGGUCCGUUACCUCCAAACAUCUCUGGAAAACGUGCUGCGGCAGGGGGACCCUGAGUGUGAGUCAGACGGGUGGCUCCUGGAGAAUAGCUUUGUGGAGACGGCUCGCUCUAAUUUCAACAUCAUCAAACACCUGGGCAAGUUCAAUCAGAUCAACAUAUCAAGCAAUGGAGAUCCAAACAUUGACAAACCACCUACAGCACACUAUGGUCCAGACAAUGUGCCUCCAAAGCCUCUUCCAAUGGCCAGUUAGGUCUUCAGAAUGCACAUUUUGGCCAGAAACAUUACAUAAGCCACAG